CUCUCUAAAUUCUUCUUGACCUCUACAUCUUCUCUAAAUCUAACAUGGUAUCAGAGCUUCAAAGAUCCGAUCAUCUCUUCUCUAUUGCUGCUCAUAAAAUGCUCUUUUUGUGAAGCACUCGCAUAUGCAAACUUCGUUGCAAAUUCGUUGCAAACUUCAUUGUUCAAUUCAUCUCUCCCAUUCUUGACACCUAGAGAGAGAAAGUUGUGCAAACUUCAUUCUUCAUUGCAAACUAGAAAGAGAAAGUUGUUUUAUUCACAGGUCAGAGUAUCUCUCCUAUUCUUGACACCUUUUGAUUCAUUUUCCCUUAUGUGUGCGCCUUUUCCUUGCAUAUCUCCACUGCAAAGAUUUGCUUAGCAAAUCUCUUUAAUCGUUGAUGCUUGCAAAAUUUAUUAUGCAAAAUCUCUUUGCAACCCUGGACAAUUAAUCUCUUUGUGCAUACAAUUUUUUAUUUUCCUGUUGUGCUCUUCCACAACAACAGUCUUCCAUUGAAAUUAUCAAUUUCUCUCUCUAGAAAAGAUCUGGUCAAAGCAAAAAAAAUUUCUUAUAGUAUCUCAAAUUUAUUCCCUUUGCUUCCUCUAGUUGAUCGCUUUUCCUUUGCUAACUUUUCUAAAGACAAACUGUCUCAAAAAAAAAAAUUAUCUAUGGAGUGUAAAAAUAAUAUAGAUAGUGCUACUAUUUCUAUGCAUCUUGAUGGUGAAGAACUACUGUUUGUGGUCUUUCCAAAUAAAACGUUUUCUCAUGGGAUGGAAGUUAUGGGGUUAUCUUGAUGGUUCUGUUCUCCAGCUUAAGGAUGAAAAUGAGCGUAGUGAUUGGCUUGCCAUAAAUAGCUUUAUUGUGAUAUGGAUUAUGAACUCAGUUGAGCCCACAAUUGGGCGUAACCUUACGUAUCAAUCUAGUGCCAAAGCAAUGUGGGAUUACUUACAGAAGAUUUAUUCUCAAGCAAAUAUUUUCUGUAUGUAUACCCUUAAACAGGACAGCAUGAAGACACGACAAGGGGACUCACCAUUUUAAGAUUAUUUUAAUACUCUUUCAGGUAUAUGGAAUGAGAUGGCCUUGAUGGAAACCAAGUCACCCACUAAAGCUGUUACUAAAGCACGAAAUCGGUCUCAUUUAUUUCACUUCCUUAUGGGGUUGCGAUCAGAGUUUGAAAGCAUGAGAGCAUCAAUCUUUCAUCGUACUCCCACUCCAUUAUUAGAUGAUUGCCUCUCAGAUCUCCUUGCUGAAAAAACUUGCUUAAGCUCUCUUGGAAUUUGCAAAUCCAUAUCAUAAGGUGUCACUGAUGUGGCCUUAGCCACAUCCAAAUUCUCUAUCACCAAUUAUGUUCAAGAUAUUCUAAAUAUACCAUUUUCCCUAACAAAGAUAUUCUUAUUAUGUGAUAUUUAUAGAUGAUUUUGCUAAAUAUACUUGGAUUUAUUUUCUCAAACACAAGUCAAGUGUAUUUAGUGCUUUUAAGGAUUUCCAUAAUAUGAUAAAAAAAUCAAUUUGAGAAAAAUAUUAAAGUUUUUAGGUCUGAUUUUGGGGGGAAGUACCUAUGCAAUGAAUUUCAAGUAUAUCUUCGUACAAAUGGCAUUAUUCAUCAACGUUCAUGUCCACAUACCCGGGAAUAGAAUGGAGUUGCUGAAAAAAAACACCGCCAUAUUCUUGAAACCACUCGUUCUCUUCUUAUUAUCUCUCAUUCCCCAGAGAAUAUUUGAGCUGAAACGAUGUCUAUUGUUGUCUAUCCUGUUAAUCUUCUUCCUACACAGAUUUUGCAAAAUGUGCCACCAUUUCAAAAGCUUUUUCAAAAACCCCCUCAUUACUCACAUUUACGUAUGUUCGAGUGCACAUGUUUUGUGCUUUUACCAUCUUCUACCCGUGAUAAACUCUUACCUAAGUCUGUGAAAUGCGUUUUCGUAGGUUAUCUAACAAAUCAAAAAGGAUAUUGUUGUUUUGAUUCUUCUAUUAAUUGUGUUAGAAUAUCCCAACAUGUUACUUGUUUCGAGCACAUACCAUUCCACUAGCACUGCCCACACCCUAAUUCAACCACACAUGGACCUGAGUUUUCUUUUUUUCCUAGUUUCGAUAUUCCUCCUUCUCAUUAUCAUGAAAAUCAGGGAUUACCACAUUCAGUAACUAACUCUGAUGAGCCAUCUUUAUCAAGUGUUGAUCAUGCAUCACCUCCAAUUGUUGAUCCUUCUACCGGUCAUGUUUACCUUCGAUGGUCACUUCAAAAGCCUGUUCCACCAAAUCGUCUUAACUUACCAGUGGUUAGCCCAUACCAUACUUGAUCUACUGCAACCAUUACUAAUCCAUUGUUUCAUAAGCGAUCUUGUUAUUCUCAGGCAUCUAACCUCCAAUGAUGGCGUAUAGCUAUGAAUGAGAAAAUUGCAGCUUUAAAAGCAAAUCACAUUUGGGAUUUGGUGUCACUGCCCCAGAUAAGCAUGUCAUUAAUAAUAAAUGGGUUUAUAAAGUCAAGUUAAGAGCUGAUGACACUUUUAAUCAACACAAGGCCUGAUUAGGUUCUCAGGGUUAUACCCAAGAGCAUGGCAUCGAUUAUAAUGAAACGUUUGCUCCACAUUUAUUGCACUCACAUCCAUUCGUGAGUAGCCCAUAUGGCAGAUGGAUAUUAAAAAUACAUUCCGUAAUGGUGACCUUCAAGAGGAAGUUUACAUGCGUCAACCACCUGAGUUUGUUUCUCAAGAUAUGUCAUUGGUUUGUCGACUUCGUAAACCAAUUUACGGUCUCAAACAAGCUCCUCGUGCAUGGUUUAAGUAUUUACAGGAUGUCAUUCUUAUAACUGGCUUCACUCAAAGUAAACAUGAUCACUCUAUGUUUAUUCAUACCACAAAGCAUGAAAUUUGUUUUAUUUUAUUAUACGUUGACGAUAUUUUUAUCUUUGGUAAUGAUUUCAAUUCCAUCAAGAAUGUGAAGGUACGAUUGCAAGAAGAAUUUCAAAUGAAGGAUCUUGGGAAAGUAUCUUAUUUUGUUGGUCUUGAGAUCUCUCGCUCUAAACGUGGUAUUUACAUCUAUCAACAGAAGUAUGCACUUGAUCUUGUUUCCAGUGCCCGAUUGAAUGAUGCGAAGGUUGUUGAUAUACCCAUGGAACUCAAUGUUAAACUUUCUACACAUGUUGGAGAUCCUCUUCUUAAGCCUACGAUGUAUCGCAAACUUGUCGGCUCCCUCAUCUAUCUCACUAUGACUCGCCCAAAUAUUGCAUAUGUUGUCCACGUUAUAAAUCAAUUUUUUUCAGAUCCUCUACGACCACAUCUAUCAGCAGUUUAUCGAAUUUUACGUUACGCUCGAGGUACUUCCAUUCGUGGAUUAUUCUUUGACUCCACACCCUCUUUAGAUCUAAGUGCAUAUGAAGAUGCAGAUUGGGUAGGUGAUCUAGACACUUGCCAUUCUACUACACGAUAUUGUGUGUUCCUUGGGUCAUCAUUAAUAUCAUGGAAGAGCAAGAAACAUGACAUUGUUUACAAGUCAAGCAUUGAAGCUGAGUAUUGUGUCAUGUCCUUUGUUGCUAGUGAGAUUGUUUGGGUUCGUGCUCUUCUCAAUGAGUUUGGUAUCUUUAUUUCAAAUCCUACACCUUUAUAUGCAGAUGACCAAAGUGCGAUUAAGAUUACAUCUAAUCCAGUAUUUCAUGUGCGGACCAAGCAUAUUAACGUAGAUUGUCAUUAUGUUCGUGAUCGCUAUCUUGAUGGUACAUUAUUUCUCCUUUAUGUUUAUUCUACUAUGCAAACGACUGAUAUUUUCACCAAAUUUGUUACUCGGAUCUGUCAUGAUUUUCUAAUGGAUAAGCUAAUGCUUUACUCAUGUCUGCAUCAGCUUGAAGGGAGAUAA